UGCUCUGGGAAUGUGUAUUUAUGUUGCAUGUGGUCUAGAUGAAAAUGGAGAUGUCUAUGCAGGAAUUCAGAGAUACAUGGUGAAGGAGGAUCAGUGGGAUGUGGUCUCCUAUUCUCCAUUUCCACGGUAUGACCUGGUUGCCACUGAGCUCAAUGGUGCCCUCUACCUAUUUGGAGGCCAAUCACUGCGCUUUGAUGUAGAGACUGAUGAAUGGACGGUGCUUAAUGAGGAAUGUUUGGACGGAAAGUUUUUUUGUGGUUGCACCAACAUCAGUGGCCAGAUCUACCUGGUCAGUGAGAGGAAAAGUAACAAAGCAUUCCCAAACAUGGUGCUAUUGGACCCAUACAUAGAUACCUGCAUUCAGACAGACGAUGCCAUUCCCUGUCCAAUGCCCCUUAGAGGAUGUGUCACCAUUAGGAUGGUCACAUAAUUUGACCAUGCAAUGAAGUUUUUUCCCUUCCCUUAAACUGAACCCAAAGUACCUUAAAUGGAUGUGUCUCUGCCAAAAAGUGCAGCUUAGAUUUUCAUCUGAUAGCCCCCAAAAAAAACAGCUAAAAAAUGUGAAAGAGAAAUUAUAUAUGAUUUCAAAGCUGAAGAAACUGGAAAAGUUUUUUAUUUUAUUUAGCUCAGUGAAUUUAAUCUAGGAAAAUGUCUGUUUUUUUAUUUAUUUAUAACCACAUCAAUAAAAAAAAGCUGAUUUCACAGCUAAAUUGUUAAAUAUGGAUCAUUUAUUUAUUAAGCUUUUCAACAAGUCACACAGUGAAUAAAAUAUCCAUGUGCACAACAGAACAGUCAACUGUAACAGCUUUAUAAAGGUAUUAAAACAAUAAUUUAAUGUCUAAUAGGAUCUAAACAUAUGUAUGUCAUUAAAUAAAUCAGCCCUUUUUAU